UGUGAUGUCAACGACGACACCGAAUAUCAGAUCCUUGAGGGCAACCAAGGUGAUUGUUAUACCUUCGACUCAAGCAUGCCCGGCGUAAGCUGCGGCCAUUACAUUCGCGGCGGUAUCGAGAACAAGGGCUGUUCCGGAAUGUUCAAGGCUACAUCGGUCUGGACAAAGGAAAACUCUAAUUGCAAGUUCUAUGCAUACACCGACUGCAGAGACUACGGAACCCAGAGGGAGAAUGGAGAGUGCCUUAACACAAGAGAGUUGCUUGCCUUCAACCCCGACGUUGAUUCUUGGGAGUACAUUGCGUCUUUUCGAUGCGUAAGCUAAUAAUGAAAGACUGGGGAACAAGAAUUUUGCUAACGUGAGGGUAACAGCAAAACACUGAGUAGAAGGCCGACAUGCGGGAUAUGGCCAGAG